AUGGCGUAUGAACUACGUAACUCACGAAGACUUCGCCGCCCUAGAAAUGCAAAAGUUCCCGCCCCAGCCCAUGACUUUGAAACCGUCUCUCGAAGCUCCAAGGGUAUUGCAGGUCGUAAACGUCGCUUUUGUGUUGACGAGCCGAGAAAUAACUUAUCAGAGACGCCUUUUAAGAAACCAAAAGUCGCCAGAAAAAAGACAAGCAAAAAUGAGGUCGGUCGACUUGGACGAAAACGCUGCUUUUCUGGUGACGAGCCUACGAAUGAGACGCCCAUAAAGAAGACUAAAAUCACCAGGAAAAAAUCAGAGAAACCUGAGUCGAAGUCUACACAGGACUCAAAUGACAAGAUUCAAAAGCCAAAAUAUGCAGUUCAAGUCAAACCAAGAUCUAGACGUCACAGACGAAAACAAAAACAAGAAAAACUAAUGCAAAUAUUGAGAAGGCUUACAAGAAAGGACCGCUUCCUUCGUAAAUACGAUCAACAAGAUUUGAUCGGACAAGGAUCUUUUGGUAAAGUUUACGCUGGAAUAAGAAACGAUGACGGUUUACCGGUAGCCAUAAAAUACAUCCCUGUGCAGAAUGUUGACUACAACGUUCGGGUUAACUCAGAUGAUACUGUUCCGGCCGAAGUUUACUUCUUGAAAAAACUCAAACACCCAAACAUCAUCAAGCUAUUACAUCACUACGAAUUUGAAAACCAUCACGUGAUCGUAAUGGAAAGACCACGUGACGGUAUCAGCCUUUUCAACUACCUAGGCAAGCGAGGCGGUGCUUUGGAGGAAAGGGAGGUGAAGAAUAUUGCCCGUCAGUUGAUACCAGCGGUUAUGUAUCUAGAAGAGAUGGGCGUCAUUCAUAAUGACUUGAAGACAGAGAAUAUUUUGCUGGAUGAAGAUGUUGGACGAGUGAAGAUUAUUGACUUUGGAUUGGCUUGCAAGUUGUCAUGUGAACCUAUCCAUCGGUUUGUAGGUAUGUGGGAUUUAUUCAUUAAAAGUAUACUGGAAUUAAUCGAGAGCACCGCACACCGAGUCGAAAUGUGGGAACCAAUUUGA